AUGCAAGCCUCUCAACCUCCUCCUUCUUUCUGUGAUCGAGACGAGGAAACGUCGCAAGCAUGCAAAGACUUGCUCAUUUCUCUCCCUUUGGAAGAAGACUGGCUCGUCCCCACUCUCUGCUUGUACCAGGGCUUCUGGUUCCCCUCUCAUCUCUUGAAGGGUGUCCUCGCUUUCCAAAACCACUUCCAAGCCCAGCCCUCAGACAUCCUCCUUGUCACCAGCCCGAAAUCCGGCACCACCUGGCUGAAGGCCGUCCUCUUCUCUCUCUUGAACCGCGCCAAGUACUCUGACUUGGACUCACAACAACCCCAUCCUCUCCUAACCCAGAACCCCCACGACCUCGUGCCCUUCUUGGAUGUCAAGCUCUAUCUCGAGCAAGAAAAUCCCGAUCUCGCUGCUUUUGCGUCCCCAAGGCUCUUUGCCACCCACUUGCCUUUUUCCUCACUUCCACGGUCGGUGAGGGACUCCACGUGCAAGCUGGUUUAUCUGUGUAGGAACCCUAAGGACGUGUUGGUCUCGUUGUGGCACUUCACCAACAAAGUGAAGGCCAAAGAAAAAGGCCAGAUUCCACUCCCGGAGUGCCUCGACAAGUUUUCUCGAGGGCUGAGCCUCUAUGGGCCUUACUGGGAGCAUGUGCUGGAUUACCACAAGGCGAGCUCGGAGAUGCCUGGAAAGGUGUUGUUCUUGAUGUAUGAGGAGAUGACAGAGGACCCGCAUGUUCAAUUGAGGAGGCUGGCCGAUUUCCUGGGAUGUCCAUUCAGCGAAGAAGAACUGAAAGACGGGACUGUGGAGGGAAUACUGAGGAUGUGUAGCUUCGACAAUUUGAGUGCAUUGGAGGUCAAUAAGAGCGAGAAGGGGUCUCUUGGAGUAGAGAACAAGUGGUUCUUCAGAAGAGGCGAGGUUGGAGAUUGGGGGAAUUACAUGAGUGCUGACAUGGGGAAGAGAAUUGACAGUGUCAUGGAAGAGAAAUUCCAUGGUUCUGGUUUAAAGUUUUAG